CACACACACACACUCAGAGAGAGAGAGAGAGAGAGAGAGAGGUAAACGUCAUGUUUUCAUGGGGAGAAGAGUGUGGCCGCGGCUUCUCCCUCAAAAACCCACCGGUCCGCGGUACAACCACGGCCGUGGAUCAGAUCCACUUCCUAAACCUGGACCACGGAGUUCGGGACCUGGCGGCAGGAGCCAAGGUUCUGACUUAUGUCAAAACUAAUGGAAUCGCUGUCUUCAUCCGGACCAACCGGAGCCAGGAUGGAAGAAGAGUCGUGGGGAAACAGACGUUCGUGAAGUGUAAAGAACAGAUCCAGGCAGUGAGUUGUGGAGAUGAAGGUGUGAUCACACUGCUCACCAAGGGGGGCGCUGUUCUCUGUCUGGACACUAGUCGCCUGCCCUGCAAUCCCAGGCCCAUAGAAGGUCUGUUGAAGACACCAGUUUCACAGGUGGCUUGUGGAAGCUCUCAUUCAGUUGUCCUGACCAAAGACGGUCAGGUGUACACGUGGGGUGAAGACUCCAGGGGUCAGCUGGGUCUGGGAAACAGGAGGACCGCGGGCACGUGGUCCCCUCAACACCUGACCUCCCUGUCGGCCCUCCCCCUGGUUGACGUGGCAGCAGGGGGAGACCAGAGCUUUGUCGUCUCUGUCUCUGGAGCUGUGUUGGGCUGGGGGAGGAAUCAGUGUGGUCAGCUCGGACUGGGAGACACCAAAGACAGACGUGAACCGACUCCUGUGAAAUCCUUGAACAUGAAGAAAACCGUUCGUGUUUCCUGUGGGACGGAUCACACAGCGACUCUGACCAAGGACGGCGUCGUCUUCACGUUUGGAUCGGGUCAGUCUGGUCAGCUGGGACACAACUCGCUCAGAGACGAACUCCAUCCUCGUCUUGUUGCAGAGCUCUUUGGGGCAAAGGUCACCCGACUUGCAUGUGGCCGACAUCACACCUUGGUGCUGACAGAGUCGGGGCGGGUUUAUUCCUUUGGGAGUGAAGAGCAAGGGCAGCUGGGACAUGGAGUCGCGGGUCAUUCUGCUGUUCCUCUGCCUGUUCAACUGCCACCAGGCAGCGAUGGAAGUCCCACCGUUGGAAACAUCUUUGCGGGAGAAAACUGUUCUUUUGCAACUCGCUCAACGAAAAUGUCAAAAUCACAGCCUGUUAGAAACGUCACACACUGUUGUAUUGAAGACCUGGUCGACAGAUGGACGUCACCGCACGAUUCAAAGACGUGGAAUAAAGUCAAAAAGGAAAUCCACAGGACAUUCGCCUCUGCAGUUUGUAUCAAUCAAAGCUUCCUGGAGCGAAGCAAAGACAAACAUUUCCAGACGUCAACAAACUACCCAGGCUUAAAUCUGACACUUGCACGAGAGUCUUUCCAGAAACUGGUCAAAAACGAUGACGUCAUGGAAGAGGUCCAGGCUGCUGUCCAGAAGCUGCUUCUCUCCCCUUAUUACCCUCCAGUUGGGGUGGAGGGCUUGAGAAUGUCCCUGCUUCUCAAUGAGCUUCUGAGUGUGAUGCAGGAACAAGGACGGCUCCGGGACACCGAGCUCACGGAGGCUCUGGCUGCUGCCGUGCUCAGCCUUCCUGCAAAACCUCUACUAAAACUGUUGGAAUUCUCUGACGUGUCUUCCUCAGGGAGCUGGUGGACCUCGUUGCCGACCUCCACCAUGUAUAAAUAUGUGACGGUUUGGAGGAAAGCUCUGUCAGACAUCUUUUCUUCUAAGCCUGUCUGUCACAGCUCUGCUGUUACGAAUCUGCUGCGCGUCCUUCAGCGCAUGUACGACGUCAACAGCAGGACUGCAGCGUCCAGACGGAUACCACCGAGCGACUUCUGUCUUUCGUUGGAUGUGGAUUUUCUCAAACAAGAUCUGAUUUUCUGGAUUUCACAGAGAAUACAUAAGCUUUCGUCUCCUGCUCCACUUGUCCUCAAUCACUUCCCAAUGCUGUUGGAUGUUCAGUCAAAGAAAACCGUUUUUGACCUUUUCUCUGACUACACCCGGCAAAAGGUCAUGGAAGACGUCUGGCGUAGUAUCAUGUUCGGAUUUUCUCCCAGCCUGUCUGGAAACCUGGUUUUGACACUCGGACGACAGACGAUUUUAGAGGAGACGUUCAAACAGUUGGACAGCUUUCCCUGCAGCUACUACAAAAGACCACUAGUGGUCUAUUUAGAUCGGGAUUUCUCACGUAACGAUCUCCCCUUAUUCGUCAAAGAAUUCUUUCAUGAUGUCUUCCACGAGAUAAUGUCCGUCCAUUCUGGAAUGUUCAUUUUCAAUGACUCCAAAACUCUGGCGUGGUUCCCCUCCAAACCAGAACACGGGCUUCGUGAAUACUACCUAUUUGGGGUACUUUGUGGGUUGGCCAUGUACAACAAGUGCAUCAUUUAUCUGCCAUUCCCAACGGCCUUGUUCAAGAAGAUGCUAGGUGUAAAGCCUUCGCUGGACGACAUGCUGGAGUUCUCCCCAUGUCUUGGCAGGAAUCUGCAGUCCAUCCUGGAGGAGUACUCAGACGAGGUCUUCAAAAGCCUUGAGAUGGAUUUUGUGAUCAGCUGGGAUGGAUCAGAGGUUGACCUUGAUCCCAGAAAUCCUGAAAAACCCGUUACAGGACAAAACAAGAAGGAGUUUGUGGAUGCCUAUGUGACUCACGUCUUCGACGUAGCGGUAGAAAGUGUUUUCGUGGAGUUCAAGCGAGGUUUCUACGAUGUGUGCGACCGGGACCUGAUCCAGCUGUUUCAGCCAAAAGAACUGCAGAGUGUCCUGGUGGGCGAAGACUUCCACGCCUGGGAAAGGCUGAGAUUGAGCACAACGUAUACAUAUGGAUACCACGCUGGACACCCAAACAUUCAAAUGUUCUGGGAGGUUUUUGAUGAGCUCACUGAAGAUCAGAAGACGGCGUUCUUGUUGUUUGUGACAGGUUUUAAGAGGGUGCCUAUGACUAGGACGCAGAUCCACAUGACCAUACAACUGAACCAGAGCUGGGUCUUCCCUCAGGACCAGUACUACCCCGGGUCACACACAUGUUUCAGCAUUCUGGAACUGCCCCUGUACUCAACAAAGGAGAUCAUGCAAGACAGACUGAUCGAAGCCUUGAACAAAACUCUUAGAGUCUUCCAGUGAAGCUGGGUUUCUCCACGUAGGUGAUGAUGGUGAGCGCUCACGGUCGAGCUUCUCGUUGUUAAGGUGGAAUGUUUUUUAAGAAACUCUCCCACUCACCACUAUUGGUCUCCUAUUUUACUUCUCGGGAUGUUUGACACAAACCUUUAAACCUGGUACACAC